UAGAUUGAUUGAGACAUCUUAGGUGGAGCGCAGGGAUAUUUGUCAGUGAGACACAAUUCCUUCUCUUCUAGACUUUUACUUCUUCCUUCACAUUCCACAAUACAAUAAAAUACAAUACAAAUUCAUCACCACACUCACCAAAUAUAACCUUCUCUUUUUCAAAAUGCAAGACUCACCUUCCACCGCCCCCGCUGGUGGCAGGUUUUUCGGCGGAGGAGUCGGAGACAGGAGGCUCAGGCCUCACAACCAGCACCAGGAACCGUUGAAGUGCCCUCGCUGUGAUUCGCUCAACACUAAGUUCUGCUAUUACAACAACUACAACCUCUCUCAGCCGCGCCACUUCUGCAAGAACUGUCGCCGCUACUGGACCAACGGCGGCGUCCUCCGUAACGUCCCCGUCGGCGGAGGUUGUCGGAAAUCCAAAUCCAAGCGCUCCAACGCGAAGUCCAAGAAAAGCAACAACAACAACUGCUCCUCCUCUUUGGAAGCCGCUCCGGAAACAACAACACCGCAACCGCAAUUGCCGGAGGGAAAUUCGAACUCGAACUCGAACUCUGGCAGCGAAAGCUCCAGCCUCACCGCCAUCGCCACUAGCUCCGCCACCACGGAGGCGGCGUCUGCGGCGACGUCAAACGCUGCGUUGAGCAAGAAUCCGGUCCCCGACGAGAACGUGAAUAACUCUAACUUCACUGAUGGCGGUGGUUAUUACGGUGGCUUCUCUGACAUAGGAACAUUCACGAGCCUUAUGAGUUCAGCAAACGAAACGAUGUCGUUUGGUUUUGAAAACAAUGUUAACGUUCUCGAUGCGACGUCGUUUCGUUUCGGUAACGAUGAUGGCGGGUGGCUGCAGCAGAAAGUUAUCGGAAAUGGAAGCGACGAUCGGCGUAAUAAUAAUAAUAAUAAUAAUCAGGAGUUUGCAACGGAGCCGUUGAUGCUGGAUCAGACGGGUCCUGUUGAGUUGUCGUCGCUGCAGAAUGGGAAAGUUGGCAACGGAGGAUGUGGACCGUUGGAUUGGCAUGCAGCUGGUGGUGAUGGUUCUGAUCAUGAUCAUGAUUUGUUUGAUCUUACUAGCGCCGUUGAUCAGAGUUACUGGACCCACACUCACUGGUCUGAUCAAGAUAACAGUCCAAAUCUCUUUCAUCUUCCUUGAAAUCCCUGAAGGAAUAAGGAAUUCCUCUUUUACCUUUUUUUUUGGGAGUUUUAUAC